AUGGCACGGCAGCGGCCACUGCGUGGGUUGUAUUUCGCUGCAUUCCAUGGGGCUCGUAGGGUCAUCCUCUCAUUAUUGGGACAUGCGUACUACAUUGUAGUAAAUCCUCUUGCGCGUGGAAUGCUGUAUACCCUCGAUACCGACUCUGCGCAGAGCCCGAACGAUGAGAAGUCGUACUGCCCGCCACUCAUCUACCGUGUCAUGGAGUACGGGAAGGCUCUAACACGAGAUUUCACUGCUGCCAAAGCGGAUACGUCUGCAGUGUUCCAAGAGGUAACUUCGUUCGGCCAUUAUGUCGUGUCGCGUCGAUCGCUGAAAGUGCAACAGUUUAGGCAACGAUAUGAUCUUGUCGACCACUCUUCGUCAGCGGGCCCAUCUCGCCAGACGCGCAGAGCGCAUACAGAGCGGUUGCAGUCUCUCAAGGCCCCUUUUGUGUCUGCGCCUCAAUCGCGCUUGAAGAAAAACACAAAGACUGUGGCACCUUUCACAUCUCCCGAUACCGCACUUGUCGCUGCGAAUACCAAAGGUAAAGGCAAGGGAAAGCCUAUUGACGGGGUUGUCAAUGGUACGGCGUCUGCGAAACUAUUGCCUUCACAGAUGAAAUUUCCUUUGGCCAAGCAGCCCUCGGUGAAGCGCAUCAAGCUCAUUGUGCGCCCCCCUGAUCCCGUCUACACUCAUCCGGGUCAGAUCCCACCCACUGCCAAGCAUGACCAGUCUUUGGUCAAACUACUUUCAUCAUAUACUGUACUCGACGACAAUGAUGUCGACGCUGCGACUGUGGAGCAACUUGUGCAGCGCGCCGCAGCUUUUUGGGACCGUGUAGAUUCGCUACAAAAGCAGGGUCGAUUCUUUCCACACGCGAUGGGCAUCGGCGAGAAUACGUCUGGUCUGUCUCACAGUGCAGACGCGUCUGCUUCGCGCCAGAGCCGCGACUUAUGGUCACAUGUCGUGGAUGCAAUGCGGUCUCGCGCGCUGUCCCGGCCGAUCAAUGGCCGCCAAGUGGCCGCACAAGUUGCGAGCCGAGUUCGCGCGUACUGGGAGAGUAGGGCCCUAAAGCAGGACAAAGUCAAGGUGCAGGAGGAGAAGCGCCUCCGUGCCCUAGCAAAGGCCACCAUCAAGUUCGUCAUCGUUGAGUGGAAGAAGGCUGUCUUCCAUGUCCGCGAGGAGGAGCGACUGAAGCGGGAGGAAGAGGAGCGUAGGCGUGGCCACCUACAUCUGGAUGCAAUUUUGGACCAGUCCGGGCAGAUCUUGGAGGCCCAGCAACUCGACUUGAGCAAGGCCGCUUCACGCAGCCGCUCAAGCAGCGUAUCAGCGAUGCUGCAUCAUUGGACCCCCAUGUCACCGGAGGCUAAUGGUGUCUCGCUUUCCGAGGCCGGCGUUGACAGUGACGACGAAUUGUCAUCGGAAGUGGAUGGAACGGAAGACGAUCCGGGAGUAGACUCAGCCUUUCUUCUCGCGGAGGACGACAUCGCGUCUCUCAUGAGGUCAAGGUCUACGACAACCGACCAGAGCAUCAGCCGCAGCGCAUCCGUGUCGCAAUCGCAGGAUGAUCAUGACGCCAUGAGCAUUGAAGAAUCCGUUGUUCAUAGUGAGAGCGAAGACCGCACAGAUGCAACGCCUAUGGUCUCCGCCUCACCAAAUACGACCGCAAGCCCGAGCGUAUCAUUGAUGGAUAUGGACCUUGAAUAUCCGGACGCUCCGGACGACGUCGUCGACGGCCUGAACACACCUAUACUGUCCCUUACUUCGCACCGCUCAAAUCACGACAUCAUUUCAAGCCCUUCUCUCCAGCCAGAUGAUGCCACACCCGCUCGCGCCUCUGCUCAACAAGCAUACUACAGACGUGCCGAUGAGCGUAUUGUGCCGUCGUCGACAUCUGCUACCUUGCUUGACUCGACGGACAAUGACCUAGACAUGAAAUCGCGUGGGAUCCUGGACGACAGCGCACUGCACCUCGACCAACUUGAGUCGACGCAGGAGAUCAAAGAGGAUGCCAGCCUCACAGAUUCUACAGGCCUUCUUCCCGACGUUGUUCGGGCCAUUGGAUCGGUCGACGUUCUGCCAUCCCCUAUUACCGUCCCGGAUGAUGAGCGCACACCAGAAGCGGCUGACGCCAAUAGCGAGGACGAAGAGGUGUCCUCCAUUCCCAUGUAUCUUCGGCUGUAUGCCGUCGCACCUGUCGAAUGGGAUCUUUCGUCCAAGGUCAAGCCUCCAUUCUUGCUACGAGGAAGCCUGCGACCGUACCAGCAAGCAGGUCUUGAAUGGCUUGCCAGUCUGCACACUAAUAACCUCAAUGGCAUCCUUGCCGAUGAGAUGGGUUUAGGAAAGACCAUACAGACAAUCUCAUUGCUCGCUCAUCUCGCUUGCGAUCGAGGCAUCUGGGGUCCACAUCUUAUCAUCGUUCCUACAAGUGUGCUGCUGAAUUGGGAGAUGGAGUUCAAGAAAUUCCUGCCUGGCUUCAAGGUCUUGAGCUACCAUGGCAACACCAAGCGUCGGAAGGAGCUACGACAAGGGUGGAAUAACAAGUACCACUUCAAUGUCUGCGUAACGUCAUACACUCUCGCCAGCCGCGAUGCUCACGUCUUCAAGCGCAAACCAUGGUAUUACAUGAUCCUAGAUGAAGCGCAUAUGAUCAAAAACUUCAAGUCUCAGCGCUGGAAUAUCUUGCUUAUGUUCCGUUCUUUUCGUCGAUUGCUCCUUACUGGUACUCCACUGCAAAAUAAUCUUACAGAACUUUGGGCACUGCUCCAGUUUCUAAUGUCUGGUACUAAUUUCGCCAAUCUCAAAGAGUUCGGUGAUUGGUUUUCGAGAGAGCCGCCCCCGCACGACGUGCGGACAGUCGAAGGCUAUCGGCGCUAUAGGACUUGGCAGCAGAAAGCUGCAACCAUUGCUAAAUGGAUGCAUAUUGGCUAUGUCAAUAGACUACGAUGCUCUCGCUUACCACUGUAUAGCGAGGAGAUCAUCGCCAUCGCACGUAGUUUAUACGAGCCUCUACGACCUCUGGACGAGCUGCCCGCGACGUCGUGGAGCAUGCCUACCCUUGCUCAAACCACAGUCAGGUCAUACGCGAAACGGGUGGAAGACAUGGCGGAGGUCAUCGAUAAAUUUGCAUUCGCGACGCCCGUAGUCGUCGCCCGAGAUAUGCCGUCCAUUGCGCUUUCCGGCUUUGACGAGACUAUACUCUCGAGACGAAGCGACCUACAACUCGACACAGUCCUCCAUCGCGCUAGCGUCAAGCUGCAAAUAGCCUUUCCUGAUCCUUCCCUCUUGCAAUACGACUGUGGCAAGCUACAAGAGCUUGCACGUCUUCUGCGAGAGCGGAAGGCAGGUGGACAUCGCAUCCUGAUCUUCACGCAAAUGACGAAGAUUCUUGAUAUCCUCGAAAUAUUCCUCAACUUGCACGGCUACCUUUAUUUGCGGCUGGAUGGCGCAACCAAGAUAGAAGAUCGUCAAUACAUUACGGAGCGCUUCAAUUCCGACUCUAGGAUAUUUUGUUUCAUUUCUUCCUCGCGAUCCGGAGGAGUCGGCAUCAAUCUGACAGGAGCCGAUACCGUCAUAUUCUAUGACAGUGACUUCAACCCACAGAUGGACCGACAGUGCGAAGACCGAGCGCACCGAAUUGGUCAGAUUCGCGAUGUCCACAUAUAUCGAUUCAUUUCCGAGCACACUGUCGAGGAAGCCUUACUCCGUAAGGCUAAUCAAAAACGGUCGUUGGACAACAUCGUCAUCCAACAGGGCGAGUUUGAUUGGCGGAGUUUAUUCUCCGACGAGACUGCAUUGACGAAGGCGCUAGGAGAGUUUGAGGACUCUGAAGACGCGCACGCUGCAGCCGUUGCUGCUAGCGAGGAGGUUGCAUUAGUUGCUGGGAAGGGGGUGCUGAGAGCGCGGGGAAUAACGUAA